AUGUCCUUCAGUGGACGGACCCCGGAAUCACUGCUCCCUCGUUCCGACUCGAAGAAUCCGGCUACCACGUGCAAAGGUAUCACCUCAACUGGCAGACCAUGUCGACGUUCGCUUGCUGCUUCACCGAAGAAUUCGCCCACACCGUCUCCAAGUCGAGAUAACGGAGUACUGGCGGUCCUUGAUGAACAAAAUGCAGCUGCUUAUUACUGCUGGCAGCACAAAGACCAGGCCGAGCAAUUGGCCGCGCAGGGUGGGCGAACCAAGUUGCAUCCAUUGAAAGAGAGGUCGAGCAUCGAUAGCCUUGUCGAGCAUGUGGGACUACUCGACUUGGAUGAAAACGUUCCAGAGAACAGGAAGCGACAACGCCAAACCGCCGGCACCAAGCGGAGGGACACCUUACCGCCGGGCUGGAACCAGAUGCAGAGUCCACUUAUGACAGUGCCAGAAGAGAUUGUACAUCGCAGAAAACCACAAGUCCGGCCUCCGCCUCCCCGAUCGAAUGUGAAACUGUCCUGGGCGUGUUGCAUACAGGCUGACCAUGACGAUUUGCCUCCCCCGCGGGUUCGGAGAGACGACAGGAACAGGCCACCCCGACCUCAUACAAGUACAAGCCAGUCACCGAUCGCAGUACGGCCCGAGAUGCGUCAGCAGUCCGCCAUCAAAGCAACUCGACCCUCUCAGCCGAGUCCAGCACCGUCCCAUACAGAGACACUUCUAUCACUUAUACCUUCCAGUCUGUCACCUCAAACGACCUCGGCAUUACUCGCCGAGCUGUCACGUCCGUUUUCUCCGAUGGACGAAGCUGGCUAUAUCUAUAUCUUCUGGCUAACCCCGGAGACGGAGGCCUCCAGACCUGACGACGAGACAGCUUCAUCUCUGCUCGAUGACGAUGACGAGUUUUACACCAAGCGAAAGACUCAAGCGCUCGCUCGGUACGCCUCUGUCCAUCGUCCAUCAAACUAUGCUCAUCAGAAACGCACCAUCACACUGAAGAUAGGUCGCGCAGCAAAUGUCCACAGGCGUAUGACUCAGUGGACCAAGCAAUGUGGACAAAAUAUAACUCUGAUUCGAUACUAUCCUCAUGAACGAAACAAGUCGGUGUCAGGAUCGGCCGGUCCGGGUGCGACGAAGAAAGCGCCACAUGUCCACAGAGUCGAACGGCUGAUCCACCUCGAGCUCGCAGGUAAGAGGGUUGUCACAAACGAAUGCGACCAAUGUGGACGGGAGCAUCGAGAGUGGUUCGAGAUCGACGCAACCAAGGAGGGAUUGAAGGGCGUGGACGAGGUUGUGAGACGAUGGAUUGGCUGGGCGAAAAGACAGCAAGCUCCGCUCCAACAGUCGCAGUAUUAUUAG